GGUAUAAUUCAUGGCUUUUGGCGUAAUUAACCCAAUUUAUAUGGAAAAAUAAAAAUUCUCUGGAUUCCAAUUCCAUAUUUCUGGUGCGGCUUGUAAAACACUGCAACGGAACAGAACCUGAGACCUCCGGCAUCUGGAAAUUCAAUUAUCCAGAUCGGCGAUUUCUCUACUGUUUGAAUUCCGAUUGCAACGCAACAGUGAUGGUUGCGCCCUCCGCCGCAAAUGAAUCUCCGCCCCAAACUCAGAUCGCCGCCGCCUCCCGCCACCUCUCCGCUGGACAGCGCUAAAUCCACUCCGCCUAAGAUGCCCCGCAAAUAUCUCUUACGUCCCACGAUUGUCCUCGCAUCUCUCCUCUCCCUUCUCGCCUUCUACUCCUUCGUCCUCCAGACUCCUCCCAACUCCAGGAUUGCCACUUCUGCCGUCGACAAUCGCAACGCUCUCUCUCUCGAUCGCGCUAAUGGCGUUGAUAAAAGGGUGAAGAUAUAUAUGUACGAUUUGCCGAGGAGGUUUACAUACGGGGUGAUCGAGAGCUACGCAGCGACGCGCGGCGGGGAGCCAGUCGCCGACGACGCGCUGCUCAAGUACCCUGGGAAUCAGCACUCCGCCGAGUGGUACCUGUUUUCCGAUCUGAAUCGUCCGAGUGAAGAGCGGAUUGACUCGGCUGUGACUCGCGUGAUGGACCCCGAGGAAGCUGACCUCUUCUACGUCCCUUUCUUCUCUUCAUUGAGUCUUGUUGCUAAUCCUGUCCGAUCCGCCGCUGCGAACGGCACUCCUGAUAAGACUGUCUAUAGUGACGAGCAAACUCAGGAGGCUUUGAUGGAUUGGUUGGAUGAACAUAGAUACUGGAAAAGAAAUAAUGGAUGGGAUCAUGUAUUCAUAUGUCAGGAUCCCAAUGCUUUGUAUAAGGUCAUUGAUAGGGUAAAAAAUGGGGUGCUAUUAGUUUCAGAUUUUGGGAGGUUAUCUCGCAAUCAAGCAUCUCUGGUCAAGGAUGUGAUUCUUCCGUAUUCACAUAGGAUUAAUACAUUCAAAGGGGAUGCUGGACUGGAGAACCGCAAGUCUCUGCUAUUCUUUAUGGGGAAUCGCUAUCGAAAAGAGGGUGGUAAGAUUCGAGAUUUGCUUUUCCAACUGCUUGAGAAUGAAGACGAAGUUAUAAUCAAACAUGGAGCACAGUCUAGGGAGAGUCGGCGUGCAGCAACACAAGGAAUGCAUACAACAAAGUUUUGUUUGCAUCCAGCUGGAGAUACUCCAUCAGCUUGCCGACUAUUUGAUGCCAUUGUGAGUUUAUGUGUUCCUGUUAUUGUCAGCGACUACAUUGAGCUUCCUUUUGAAGAUGUCAUAGACUAUAGAAAGAUUGCCGUUUUCAUUGAUUCCUCCACUGCAACUAAACCUGGACACUUGGUGAAAUUGCUGAGAAAAGUCAGUCCGGAGAAGAUUUUGAAGUUCCAAAAGGAAUUGCUUAAGGUGAAGAGGUACUUCGAGUAUGAAGAUCCAAAUGGGACUGUCAAAGAAAUCUGGCGGCAGGUUUCUCAAAAGCUACCUCUUAUCAAACUUAUGAGUAACCGCGACAAACGGAUUGUGCUGCGUGACUUGGCAGGACCCGACUGUUCAUGUAUCUUCUCAAACCAGACAGGCGUACGCACAACACUGUGAUAUUCCAUUCAGUUGAUUUUGCAGACUAGAAAUCGAACUUGGUGUCAACUGUCAAAUGAUGGGCAACAUUUCGAUACACAUGAUCAACAAGUACCAUUUUACGUGGGGUGGGAUGGAGAGAAGUUGCUCUUGCUACAUGUGCAAUUAGUUCUGGUAGUCAAUCGGCAUUCAUUUUUUCUUGCUGAGCAACCUAAUUGGAGUAUUAUAAUAAGGAUGCGAACACAAGCUUGUUGUCCUUGAUCUUGUGAUGUACCUAGAAUUGAUCAGUUUGUACAUUACCACACAGAAAAACCAUAGCUACCAAUGUAUCAAAAAUCUCUUUCGAUUUUUGUUGAAUUUUAUUACCAACACUGUGCAGCUAUAUAUAGAUUCAAUUAUUUGCA